AAUCCUGUAUGAAAAAUGGUGAAACAGACAAUUCAAACAAAUGUUUGAUGUGUAAUACUUCAGCCAGCUUGCAUUCUUUGUCUCCAAAUCACGCAUACUGUAAUAUUGGUGGUCUCUGUGUAGCCCACGGGCUUGAAAACGGUGAAAAGUCUUGUUUUUAUUGUAACACGACAAUCAACAGAGAAAGCUGGUCAUUGCGUCAGGACUUUUGCAUAAUUGAUGGGCAUUGUGUUGAACAUGGGAGAAGUGAACAGAACAGAGACUGCAAAGUCUGUAAUGCAUACAACAACAACACGGUCUGGCAAAUAAGCAAUGGUCAUUGUUAUAUACAAGAGACUUGUUUCAAAGAUUUAGAAAUUAAUUCUACGUUUCCAUGUCAGAUAUGCAAUUCAUCCAAGGAUAUCUUUGAAUUUUCAUUAAACCAGGCGUACUGUGAUAUUGGUGGUUUUUGUGUGGCUGACGGGCAGAAAAAUGAUGCCAAUCCUUGUUUGUAUUGUAACACGUCACUCACCAGGGAAAACUGGUCAUUUAGGCAAGGACACUGCUAUAUACAAGGAAUCUGUUUUGAAAACUCUGAAAUGAAUUCUACAUUCCCCUGUCAGAUAUGCAAUUCAUCAAAGGAUGUCUAUCAAUUUUCAUCUAAUCCAGCGUUCUGUAAUAUUGGUGGUCUUUGUGUGGCCGACGGGCACAAAAAAGAUGCAAAGCCUUGUUUUUACUGCAACGCAACAAUCAACAGAGAAAGCUGGUCGUUUAAUCAAGAUUACUGCAUGAUAAAUGGAAGUUGUAUAAGACAUGGGAGUUCAGAACAGAACAAAGGAUGUAGAGUCUGUGAUGUACAUACCAACAACAGUGUCUGGCAAAUAAAAAAUGGACACUGCUAUAUACAAGAGAGCUGCUUCAAAGAUUCGGAAGUAAAUUUAACCUUUCCCUGUCAGAUAUGCAAUUCAUCCAAUAAUGUAAAUGACUUUUCUUCAAACCCAGCAUACUGUAAAAUUGGUGGUCUUUGUGUACCUGAUGGACAGAAAAAUGACGUCCAGUCUUGUUUUUAUUGUAACGUGUCACUCACCAGAGGAAACUGGUCAUUUAGUCAAGAUUACUGCAUGAUAAAUGGAAGUUGUAUAAGACAUGGGAGUUCAGAACAGAACAAAGGAUGUAGAGUCUGUGAUAUACAUACCAACCACAGCGUCUGGCAAAUAAAAAAUGGACACUGCUAUAUACAAGAGAGCUGCUUCAAAGAUUCGGAAGUAAAUUUAACCUUUCCCUGUCAGAUAUGCAACUCAUCAAAAAACAUAUAUGAAUUUUCGUCAAACCAAGGUAUAGAACACUGA